CAGUUCACAAUGAGCUUGCAUUCCAGCCUCCCAUUUCUAAUCAUCCUGCUCCUGAGUAUUGGUGUUCCAUCGCUUACUUUGAGAUGGAUGUUCAAGUAGGAGAGACAUUCAAGGUCCCCUCAAGCUGUCCUAUUGUUACUGUCGACGGCUAUGUGGACCCUUCUGGAGGAGAUCGCUUCUGCUUGGGUCAGCUCUCCAAUGUCCACAGGACAGAAGCCAUUGAGAGAGCAAGGUUGCACAUAGGCAAAGGUGUGCAGUUGGAAUGUAAAGGUGAAGGAGAUGUUUGGGUCAGGUGUCUUAGUGACCAUGCAGUCUUUGUACAGAGCUACUACUUAGACAGAGAAGCUGGGCGUGCACCUGGAGAUGCUGUUCAUAAGAUCUACCCAAGUGCAUAUAUAAAGGUCUUUGAUUUGCGUCAGUGUCAUCGUCAGAUGCAGCAGCAGGCAGCCACGGCACAAGCUGCAGCAGCUGCCCAGGCAGCAGCCGUGGCAGGAAACAUCCCGGGCCCAGGGUCAGUGGGUGGAAUAGCCCCAGCCAUCAGUUUGUCGGCUGCUGCCGGAAUCGGUGUGGAUGACCUCCGUCGUUUAUGCAUACUCAGGAUGAGUUUUGUGAAAGGCUGGGGACCUGAUUACCCAAGACAGAGCAUCAAGGAAACACCUUGUUGGAUUGAGAUUCACUUACACCGGGCCCUCCAGCUCCUUGAUGAAGUCCUUCACACCAUGCCUAUUGCCGACCCACAGCCUUUAGACUGAGGUCUUUUAACUUACUGUUGGGGCCCUUACCAUUUUCAGGAUGGUGGACUAUAAGAUGCAAUCCUGUUUAUAAUCUGAAGAUAUAUUUCACUUUUGUUCUGCUUUAUCUUUUCAUAAAGGGUUGAAAAAUGUGUUUGCUGCCUUGCUCCUAGCAGACAGAAACUGGAUUAAAACAAUUUUCUUUUUCCUACUUAGAACUUUUCAGGCAUGGCUCAGAGCUUGAAGAUUGGGACAAAUACAUUCUUAUUAAAUCUUCACCAGUUAUGUUUGAAGGAAUCAUUCCAAUGCUGGAAAAUUUAGCCCUUUAAAAUGUUUUAGAGCCUUUUAUAUGCAGAACAUCAAUAUGUGUGUUAUUCUACAGAAUAAAUUUAAUAUUGCUCAUUUUAAAGGCAGAGAAGUUCUCAAAGUUAAUUCACCUAUGUUAUCUUGUGUGUGAGUUGUUGUUGUUGAACAUACUUUACUCCAAAAUAUUGUGCCAUGUGGGUGAGUUAAUUUUACCAAGAGCAACUUUACUCUGUGUUUAAAAAAGAUAGUAGUGUAUUAUAACCUUUUAUCCAAAAUAUUUUUUUCAAGUUAAACUAGUGAAGAUGAUUUUAACUCAGAUUGUCUUGCGACUUCAAUUUUUCUUUUGCCAAGGCAAAACACUAAUCUGUGUAUAUUGAGAAUUCCUUAAAAUUAUCAGACAAAGGAGUAUCAUUUAAAGUUACAUUUGUUAUUUUUGUUGGAUAACUAUUUAUCAAUAAAUAUACUUUUGCCCUGUUAAACAGUAGAUGUAUUCUGUAUUUCUAGGCACAGGGUUGGUUACUAAGGAGCCUAGAAGAGGAAUUUCUUUCCUUCCUUAACAUAGGGAAAGAUUUUAUAUUUUUAAAAACACUAAAAGCAGUGUCACUCCAUCUAAUACCUUACCGUUCUGCACAGGUGGCAACGCUAAGCUAAAUAAUGAGUAUUUUGGAAACCGCUAAAUUCUUUGUCAAGUACUGUGCAGGAUAAUAGAAACAUUACCAUUCAUUGAUAGGUAGUUUGGAUAUUUUUGUACUUGAUUUGAUGUGUGACUUUUUUUUCGUAUACUGUUUAAAUCAUGUAUGUUAUGACAUUGUUUAAAAUUCAGUUUUUGUAUCUUGGGGCAAGACUGCAAACUUUUUUAUACCUUUUGGUUAUUCUAAGCCCUUUGCCAUCAAUGAUCAUAUCAAUUGGCAGUGACUUUGUAUAGAGAAUUUAAGUAGAAAAGUUGCAAAUGUAUUGACUGUACCACAGACACAAUAUGUAUGCUUUUUACUUAGCUAGUAGCAUAAAUAAAACUGAAUCUCAACAUGCAAAGUUGAAUUCUAGGUUUGAUUUUUAACUUUUUUUUUCUCUUGCACUUUUGAGUCCAACCUUAGUGGUGAGACACCUUCUACUAAAUGACAGGCAACAGCUAGUACUAUUGGGCAGCUUUGGUUUUCUUCUCCCACUCUACUAGGACUCCCCGUGGACGUUAUGUAUCAAGUGUAGGGUUGGUUAUUUUUUUCACUUUUAUUUUACUGUAGCAAAGCUAGGCCUGAUUGUCUAUAAGAUAAAUAGGUUGUCUGCAGGAUAAAUAGUGUGAAAUAAAAUCAAAGAUUAUCUUUCAGAUGUUUUUGCUUUUUUCAAAAUGGAGGGCCUUUCUUAGUGUAAUAAGAUUAUUUCAGGUGUGUUACAAGUUUGAGACAUGAGAAAUACUUACGCAUGAUAAUCAUCCUUAUAUCAGUUUAAAUCAACAAGUCUUCUACUUCCUUGCUUAGGUCUUCUCUUCUUAAUAAGACCAUCCUAGAAACCACUGAGUUUGCUUAUUUCUGUGCUUUAAACAUAUCUUAAUCCAAGCUACAUGUCUUUUGUUUUUUAAAAUAACAUUUCUACCAACUCAUUUAUACUCUUGAGUUCUUACAAACACUUCUGUUAAAGACCUAAUUCUAACCUGUAAAAAUGUGGUGAUUUUACAGUUUAUUGGCAAAUUUUCUAAAAAGAUAUCUUCAUUCUCUAGGAAUUUUUGACUUUAGGUCUGUUUUACUGUAAAUGAAGAGUAGGAGCGAGAGGAGAGAGUUUUAGAGUAACAGAUUUUUAAAACUGAGUUUAUUUGAUUAGAACUAUAAGCAUGCUAUGAUAUAAUACAUCGCCCCUUUUUCUGCUUUAAAGGAAGUUUACGUGUUUAAUCAUCUGGGGGAAGUAUUGUGGAAAAUAUUUGCUAAGUAGUCUGUCUUUGAGUCUAGGCCACCCACCUUGGUUGCUUUUUGCAAAGAGCCAUAAAAAUACUACAAGUACAUAAAAGUACUUCUAGUUAUUAAUUGCUUUAUAUUUGUGCCUAGGUUCAGUCACAUGCUUUUGAGAAAACAUUUAGUAUAUUAUAAUCAGUUAUUUCUGAGGGUCUUAGUUGUUGAACAGUAUUUACAUUUCUUAGAGGUAGUCAUCUUUGAUGAGCAAGACUAAAAGAACCACUAGGUUUAAGAUUUUAUGGCUAUUUUAAGAGUAGAAGAGUUUCCACAUUUCUUGGAAUCUGACUGACUGUUAGGAGGAUAGGGUUCUGGGUGGGUUUUCUCUAGCUAGCUCAUCUCUCGGAAAUGCUCAGAAUGUUGAAUUUCAGUGAAAACUGAGCAGAGUUGAACCAGGUACGUACCUUUAUGAUCCAGUGUGAGGCCUCUCCACUUCCCUCUAGUGCCUUUCAGCGCAUUGUCAAAGGGAAUCCUUAAAUCCAAAAUGGUGUUGUUGCCUUUAAUUUCCCGGGGGUAGGUUCUUCUGUGGGAUGUAGUCUUAUCUCAUUUUUUAUAGUAUACUACUCCUGUUAUACAAAGAUAGUGGUAAUAAAUCACUGCCAUAUAACCUUGUUUUUCUAGAAGCAUGGCUCAUUUGUAUUGACCUAACCACUAAAUAGGUUGCCUAUCCCAUUCCUCUUGUAAACAUUGUAGGUUUACAGUUUAGGUGAUCUGGCUUAAGGAGAACUAUACUCAAAAUAUCCAGAUAAACUGAACACAUAUCAGUUGUGUUGCACUUCAAAGUAAAAAAUCCACUUUCAUGAGGAAGGGUGUAGUGUAAAGGAGUAUUUGUGAUAGAACAUUUGACGGCAGAAUAAAAUGUCCUGUCUUCCAGAUGAUAAAUACCUUAUUUUAAAAGCUUAAUUGCAGUUGUCUUCUUGACUAUGCCCACCUAAAGAAGGGGAAUUUUACAUUUUUCCCAUGGUGCUCCUUAAGUAUCAGUGGAGGUUAAAGAAUAUAUGGUGAAGUAUUUCUGUUCUUGAUUUGGUGGUAACUAGUUAAUAGUUACUCACUAGUGAUUAUACAAAAUCAGAUUAGUUCUGAACAUUUUUGAGAGCCUUUUGGAAGGAACAGUGUUAUCCUGAGUAAGGCAGAAUCCUUUUUGUUGAUAGUUUCUAAAGGUUGUUCGUACCAUCACUGAGUCAUUUUACUGGCAUUGUAUUUAAUGACAACAGAUUGGGGAAAUGGAGUGUUUUAAGUUACUGGGGUAGAUGAGCAUAUGAAAGUAAUUACCUGUAAAGUCAGUUAACAGCUCCUGUGGAUGGGCUUGGCUGAGACUUGCAGAUGGAAGAAAUGCUUCUUUUCCUUCCUAAAGGCAGGACCCCUCUUGCUGCAGAUAGCUAUCUGUAAAAUAAUUGCCUAAGCCCUCUUUUGCAAGAUGAUAGAAAGUGGGAUAUGAGAGCCUUGUGUGCAACCUUUCCAUUUUUUUCUCGGACAACUAGAUAAUUUCUUUUCUCCUAAUACAUAUUAGGAAGGACAUAAAAAGCUAGUGACCUUAUUCAUAGCAUCCUCAGGCCCAGCCUUGUCCCUAAGCACUUGCCCCAGUGUUGCUAGAGUGUUUAUCUUACUCUUCUGCUGUCACCACAGAAUGGGAGUUUUUGCAUAAUCCAAAUUUACCUUAUUUAAGCAGUAAAACUUUUUCUACUGUGCUCAUUUUCUGACGUGGAGUUAUUUGAUAUAUGUAUCAGAGAACAUUGGAUGCGGUGUUUCUCUUGUGCCUCCUGGCUUAUAGACUUCAGGGGCUGCUAAGACAUGUGGGACAGUCUUACCUUCACUGAAUGGUCGCAGGCUGCUGUGGUUUGGAAUGUUUGGUUUUGUUAUACGCAGACCCCUUCCUUCCCCCACCCCCAUUAAUGACAGCAGCCGCUUCCUGUGUGUUGUCAGUAUACCUCCCCUUUCUUCCUUCUCCCCUUUCUGAUUGACUUUCCUGACUGCUUAGGCAAGAAAACCGGAUAACCAUACUUUUUAGAACUUUCUUUAAAACACGGGCAAACUGGGACAGGACCCAAGAAACUUUCCUGUAAAGUAUUGAAAAGGACUUUAGGGCUUUAGCAUUUGAUAUCAGUUUGACUGCUGAGUGUGCUUCCUGAUCCUUGCUGAGUUUCAGGUAGUUGAGAAUAGAGAGAAGUGAGUCAUACUCAUAUUUUUUUCCCCCUUGAAAGGUUUUGUUGCUUCCACUUGAGUGCUGCUCAAAACAAAAACUGGGGUUACAAAGUGUUGGUUGGUUACAAAAUGAGCAUCAAUAGUCAAAGGCAGCAUUGCUGCCUAGAGGACACCAGUGUAAAAAGAACACAGCAAAAAAAUGAAAGCUUGGAAAAUGAGAGGGUUAUUUUCGUUUUGUUUUGGUGUCCCUUUUUGAGUCCUAUCUUCUGGCUUUCCUCCUCACAGAUAUUUUUGACCUUUAGGUGCCUUUAUGAGAAUUGAGGGUCUGAUAACCUGCCCCAAGGAGUAGCUAAAGUGAUUGCUGAUGUUUUCAGGGAUUUUAACAUCAGCCUUGAAUGAGUGAAUGAACCUUUUUUCUUCCCCUUUCAUCAUUUUUUUUUUUUAAUGUAGGAAGAACAAAGGAGAAAACUGGUGAAGACAAUCAUUUCUCUCUACUGAUGUGGAUAAUUUUCAGUUUAUCUCAGAUGCUUUCUCAAAUAGGUCUCAGAACCAGUGUUCUUGCUCAGCCUGAAAUGAGUGGCUCUGGGCUGGGGCCAGAAGCUGCACCCUCUAGUUUGCGCUCUGCCGCUAAAACUUGAUGUAUAUGACCUUGGGCAAGUCAUUUCCCUUCUUUGGGCCUCAGUUGCCUCAUCUGUAAAAUGAGGGAGUUGGACUAGAUGAGUUCUUCCAGCUCUGAAGUUUAAGUGACCUUGCUUACCUUGCAGCAGUUUGGGAGUUCUUCCUUACUUUGGUCUGCUGUUUGAGGGGGCUUUUUACUUAUUUCCACAUUAUUCAAAUGAGACUAGGCUUGAUAUUUUAUUACUGUUCUGUGGACAAGAAGUUACAUAAUAUGUCCUUAAGACUUAAAUUCAACCAAAGGCCUAGCACCACCUUGGGGGCUGCAAUAAAUACUUAAAAUAAUAAGAGGGAGAAAAGCCUUCAUUUUAUUUUCUCAUCAUCUGUUUUCAUGGUGUAUUAAGGCUUCUUUUGAGUCAUAAUAUUUUUACCUUUUGGGUAUGUGUGUGACACCAUCUUCUUAAGUGCUGUGUGCUGGUAAAAUUUUUUAAAACUAGAAUGGGUUGAAAACUUAUUGUAAAUGCCUAGUGAUAUUAGAGGUCAUUGCUUUGGGUCUUUGGUUUCUUAACUCUUCUCAAAAUAGGGAAAUUUCCUUGAACUAUAUCAAUUAAAAUGCUUUAUAUGACUCAAGAAAACAAUACCAGUGGAUGACUAUUCACUUUAUUUUUGGCUCUUGUUAGGUCCAUUUUGAUCAGAAGACUUGGCUGGAGCAUUCCGUUCAGAGUUCUCUUCCAGCCUAUCCUUGAAUUAGUAUAAUUAAUGGACUUGGCUUUUUCAAGGAUCAAGCCUUCUUUGGGGGUGGGUCAAGGGUAGGGGGUUGGGGAGUCCUGGUAGAGGCCAGCUCAGUGGUGGCUGGAAGGGAAGGGAUGAAACCAGCUGCUGUUGCUAUGGCUGCUUGUCAUUGAUAGAAGGACUCAGGGCUUGGAUUGGUUAAAAGGCUAAACACGGAGUCAACAAACUUCUUCCAAGCAUUGGGUUCUGGCCAAUGCCUUGGACGUGUGAUUUAAGGGAAGAGUGUGAAAGCUUGUAGAUGAUGAAAACCUGGUGGGCUGCAGAACCAUUCGGAAGAGGUGACUCGGGGUUGGGGGCGGAUUUGGGGGUCAUACCUCCCAACUCUGUCUCCUCUCCUGAAGUCAGAGGAGCCAUGCCGUAUCUCAGAGGAGAGCCACACUUAGCUUCUGCUUUGGGGAAAACUGAUCAGCUAAGGGCUCUGGUAGGUCCUUUGUGGCUUUCUGUAUGCUUUUGCCUGGUUGAAGUCUGUGGCUGAAAAACAGUUGAACCUUUCCUGAGAACUCUGUAACAAAGUAUGUUUUUGAUUAAAAGAGAAAGCCAAUUAAA